AUGCUUGAAACAAUAUACAUCUCAAGACAUGGUUGUAGACAGGACUGGAUAGAUCCCGAACACAUCUCUGGUCCAACAGGUCUCUACCAUGAUCCUUCUCUGUCCGCGCACGGCUUGGAACAAGCAGAAGAUCUGGGGAAGUUUCUAGCUUCGCCGACGGAUGGUUCUCCAUCUCCAGAAAUGAUAUUCACCAGUCCAUUUUACCGAUGUAUCCAAACUUCCUUACCGCUAGCCAAGAAUCUAAAUCAGAAACUUCAUCUGGAGCAUGGUGUAAUGGAAUGGUUCUCAAAAGCCAAAGCUGGAUCUGGCUUACAUACCAGACCACAUGAAGUCUCUAAACUGCAUGAACAUUUCCCCAAUGAUUCUUUACAUCCAACCUAUUCACCCACUUAUCAUCCUAACAGACGCGGUGAAUCGCUCGAAGAGUUAUGGGAUAGGAUAGAAACUUUCAUGUCUGUUUUCAUCAAACGGAUAGAAAAUGAAUAUCCUGAUGUGAAGACAAUAUCGAUAUUUGGUCACGCUGCUACUGUAAUCGCGCUGGGUAGAGCUUUAUUGGAUGACCCACAUGCGAAGAUAAAAGCUGGAACUUGUUCAACUUCCAAAUACGUUAGACAGAUUGAUCAAACUGGGGAUCAGCGGAAGUCCCCUUUGGGAGAAUGGAAGAUUGACUGGAAUGGCAAUACUUCGUAUCUACCAGAUGGUGAAGAGAAAAGUUGGAACUUCGACCAAGUCGUGUUUGACGAGGACGGCCAAGUCAUAGAAGACAACGGAGAUGGACUUCCCUUUGAUGAGGAUGAGGAACCGUCGCAUGGGUUAGCUGAGGGCUUGCAAAAGUAUCUCGCUAAAUAA